AUGAAGAUACAGUGUGAUGUGUGUGAGAAAGCUCCGGCUACACUCAUAUGUUGUGCCGAUGAGGCUGCUCUAUGCGCUAAAUGCGACGUUGAGGUUCACGCAGCCAAUAAGCUCGCUAGCAAACACCAACGCCUUUUUCUUGACUCUCUUUCAACCAAGUUCCCUCCAUGCGACAUCUGCCUUGAGAAGGCAGCUUUUAUAUUCUGCGUUGAAGAUAGAGCUCUUCUCUGCAGAGACUGUGACGAGGGGACACAUGCCCCUAACACUCGCUCUGCUAACCACCAGAGGUUCUUAGCUACUGGGAUCCGAGUCGCUCUGAGUUCCACUAAUUGCAGCAAAAAGGCAGAGAUGAAUCAUUUCGAUCCAUCUAACCAGCAGAUUCUCUCUAAACCUCAAACUCAACAGCCUGCUGCUCCAUCUCCUCCAUGGACUGGCGAUGAGUUCUUCAGCUACUCUGAUCUUGAAUGCAGUAACAAGCAGAAAGAGCAGCUAGAUCUUGGUGAGCUAGACUGGCUUGCAGAGAUGGGUUUCUUUGGGGACCAGCCUGAUCAAGAAGCUCUACCAGCAGCUGAAGUUCCUGAGCUUUCGGUUUCACAUCCAGCUCAUGUACAUACCUACAAUAGACCCAUGAACUCCAAUGUUUCCAACAAGAAGCCGAGGCUUGAGAUCCCUUAUGAUGAUGAUGAAGAGCUCUUCCUUGUCCCGGACCUAGGCUUAAACUUUUAA